UCCUCAACUGUACAAACGCUUUUACUGAAAUCGCGUUUUCAUGUCACCACAUUUUAUUCAUUAUUAUAUUAAUUAAUUAAUAUUCAUUUAUAAAAUAUUAUAAAAUGAAAAUAUCAUUAUUAUCAAACAUACCGAAACGAAUCCCGCCGCUGCUAAACAUACCUGCCGCCAUUGCCGGCGGUUACUCCAAGGACAAGGUUGUGGUGGUUCUCGGCGCCACCGGCACCGGAAAAUCUCGCCUCGCCAUAGACCUCGCAACAGCAUUCUCCGCCGAGGUAGUCAACUCCGAUAAGAUACAGCUCUACCGCGGCCUCGACAUCGCCACCAACAAAGUCACCGACGAUGAGCGCCGCGGCGUGCCGCACCACCUCCUCGGAAUCGCAGAUCCGGAUUCCGAUUUCUCCGCCUCCAGCUUCCGCGCUGUCGCCGCCGCCUCCGUCAAGUCGAUUUUAAAGCGGUCGCGGUUGCCGAUUAUAGCAGGCGGUUCGAAUUCGUUCGUCGAGGCGCUUCUCGACGACUCCGAUUUUCGAUCCAGGUACGAUUGCUGCUUCCUUUGGGUAGAUGUUGCAAUGCCUGUGCUGCAUUCGUUUGUGCAAGAUCGGGUGGAUAAAAUGGUGGAGAGAGGUAUGGUUGAGGAAAUUAGGGAUUUCUACCGACCGAAUGGGGAUUAUUCGAAGGGGAUUCGGCGAGCAAUUGGAGUUCCUGAGCUGCACGAUUUCUUCGAUUUGGAGUCGAAUUCCGAUGAGGAAACUAAGGCUAGGAUUCUGGCGGAGGCGAUCGAUUUGGUGAAGAUGAACACCAGUCGGUUGGCUUUCCGGCAGCUGGAGAAGAUCCACCGCCUCAGGAGGAUCCGAGGGUGGAGGAUGCACCGCCUGGACGCGACGGAAGUGUUUAUGAAACGCGGCGGAGCAGAGGAGGCGGCGGCGGCGUGGGAGAGAGCGGUGGCGGGGCCGGGGGCGGCGGUGGUGAGUCGAUUUUUGUAUGAGAUGGACUCGCCGGCGGUGGCCGUGACGGCGAUGAGGCGCCGAGUUACGGCGGCGGCGGCGGCGGUGAUGGCUCAUUAUUAAUUAAUUGAAAAUUUUGCUAAUUUUACACGCUGAAUAUAUAUAUAUAUAUAUUAUAUAAUUUUAAUUUUUGGAGAGCUUGAUUUUUGAGUUAAAUUAUAAUAUGGAUUUAUUAUAAUUUGAUUCGUGAUCGAACUUGCAAAAUUAAAAUCGAACAAAUUAUCGUUUGUUUGAUUGGUAGUAUAAUUUUACACAUCGUAUGUUCUGACAUCAUAUAGUAAUUUUAAU